AUGCGAACCCACCUGUACUCUACCUUCGUGGAUCUGACAAAAGCUUUCGACAAGGUGAAUCGUGAGGGAUUGUGGAAAAUCUUGCGGAAAUUCGGCUGUCCAGAGCGAUUCAAUCAGAUGGUGCGCCAGCCCCACGGUGGCAUGAUGAUGCGAGUCACGGACAACCGAGUUGUCUCAGAGGCAUUUGCGGUGACCAACGGAGUGAAGCACGGAUGCGUCCAGGCGCCUAUUCUCUUCGGUUAUGUGUUCGCUGUCAUGCUUAUGGACGCCUACCGUGACGAACGCCCCGGGAUCCGCAUCGCCUACAGGACGGACGGCCACCUCCUGAAUCAACGGCGGAUGCACUUCCAAUCGCGCGUAUCCACAACCACAGUUCACGAACUUCUCUUUGUCGACGACUGCGCCUUCGACAACACCUCGGAAGAGGACAUGCAAAGGAGCAUGGACCUCUUCUGCGCCGCCCGCGAGAAAUCCGAUCUGGUCAUCAACACGGAGAAAACGGUGGUCAUGCACCAACCGCCAACCAACACAGUCCCCCCCACAAUGCGCCGCAGAUCAGCGUGA